AACGGAAUAUUUUUAAACGAAUUUUUUGAAAACUAUUUAAAGACAAAGACAAAUAAGAAUUCGAUUGCAAAAUGGUGGUCAACUUCAAGGUGUUUAAAAAAUGUUCGCCGAACAACAUGAUCACGCUGUACAUGAAUCGGCGUGAAUUCGUGGAUUCGGUGACCCAAGUGGAGCCUAUUGAUGGCAUCAUUGUGCUGGACGAUGAAUACGUGCGUCAGAACCGCAAGAUUUUCGUGCAACUCGUGUGCAACUUUCGCUAUGGCCGCGAGGAUGACGAAAUGAUUGGACUGCGCUUCCAGAAGGAGCUGACGCUCGCCUCGCAACAGGUUUGUCCGCCCGUCAAGCAGGACAUACAGCUGACGAAAAUGCAGGAACGUUUGCUGAAGAAACUCGGCUCGAACGCUUUCCCAUUUGUGAUGCAAAUGCCAACGAGCUCGCCCGCUUCGGUGGUAUUGCAGCAGAAGGCCAGCGAUGAGAGUCAACCAUGCGGUGUGCAAUACUUUGUGAAAAUCUUCACCGGCGACAGCGAUUGCGAUCGUUCGCAUCGUCGCAGCACCAUCAACUUGGGCAUACGCAAAGUACAGUAUGCACCCACUAAGCAGGGCUUGCAGCCAUGCACAGUGGUGCGCAAGGACUUCUUGUUGUCGCCCGGCGAGCUCGAGCUGGAGGUGACACUCGACAAGCAGCUGUAUCAUCAUGGCGAGAAGAUAUCGGUCAACAUUUGUGUGCGCAACAACUCGAACAAGGUGGUGAAGAAGAUCAAGGCAAUGGUACAGCAGGGCGUGGAUGUGGUGCUCUUCCAGAAUGGACAAUUUCGCAAUACGAUUGCCUUCAUGGAAACGAGCGAGGGUUGCCCCUUGAACCCAGGCUCCAGUCUGCAGAAGGUAAUGUACUUGGUGCCCACAUUGGUGGCCAACUGUGAUCGUGCUGGCAUCGCUGUGGAGGGUGACAUUAAGCGCAAGGAGACCGCACUGGCCUCCACAACACUUAUUGCCAGUCAGGAUGCUCGCGAUGCCUUUGGCAUUAUUGUUUCGUACGCGGUGAAGGUGAAACUCUUUUUGGGCGCUUUGGGCGGCGAAUUGUGCGCCGAGUUGCCCUUCAUACUCAUGCAUCCCAAGCCCAGCCGCAAGGCUCAACUGGAGGCUGAGGGCUCCGUGGAAGCUUAAGCAAUUUGUUUACCUCAAUACAGAGUGCAUAAUAAUAUAUACAUAACAUAUAUAUUUAUACGAAACAAAUCUUAAUCAAAGUGUUUACAAAACAAAAACAAGAAACCAAAGCUGAUGUUGCUGAAUUGUUCUGAACUGCAGUCGUCGUACUUUUCUUAUAACAAAUCUAUUUUCAAACUAUAUUAAAUUAUGUGUGUAUGUGUAUUAUAAACGCUAAACAAUUUAUCUAAAAUUAAAAAAAAAGAGAACGCUAUCAUGGGAA